UGAAAAUGACCCUUUUUCAAACUUCAAAUUAUGCCUAUGUCAAGCGCCUAAUUGGCGAAGAUGAUGAUACCAAGAAUCUAGACGAUAUGAAAUCCUCCUUUGCUAUGAAACUGUCAAAGUACCUGAGAGAGACAGGGACAGAGGAUAUAAUCGAGAUAAUCAGUGCUACAAACUCAGGCAUUAUCCCAAUGCUGUACGCCGUAGAGACUUAUUUUGACUUAGAGAACAUCCCUCCUAUUUUGAAGAUCAUUGAGAUUAUUAUUCUGAGUUAUUUCAUACUCCAAUUUUUGUUAUUUUUCUAUACUGCUGAGUCAAGAGUGGCUUACUGCUUUGGAAUCUACGCAAUCUUGGACUACAUCACCAUAAUCCCCUUCUUUUUAGUCAGAGUUGGAGUUCUUGGAGAGGAGAACUACUUAUUAUUCUGGAGAGUUCUCCGGCUCUUCUGUAUAUUUAGGAUAAAUAAACUAUUUAAGAAGAAGAAUAAGGAAAUUAGUAGAAGGACAUUCACGCUGAUUUUCACCCUUGUUUCAACUAUGUUCUUCAUGGCAGCAGCUAUGCUGGAAGUUGAGAAUAACUUUUUAGAUCAUGAGAUUCCCAAAAUAGAAGAAAAAGUGGCCCAAGAUAUACCUCUUGAGGGAUUUGAAUCUAAUUAUCCAGAAAAGAACUAUACAUUUCAUGAAAUGAUUUACUUUAUGAUUGUGACUAUGACCACUGUGGGAUAUGGAGAUAUUUUUCCUUUCACAGACGCAGGGAGGCUCUUGAUUAUCCUAACCAUUGGAGUAAUGCUUGGGCUGUUGCCUACACAAUUCCAAGAAUUACUGAAGGUACAGUCUUUAACUUCAAAAUAUGCUAGAUUUUCGUAUAAAAAGUCAAAGAAAGAUAGCCGGCAUAUUCUUGUGUUAGGAAAUGCACCUCCCGAUGACAUUAGAACCUUCUUGGAUGAAUGAUACCAUCCUGAUCAUGGCCAAGCUGAUAUAAAUGUGAUUAUUAUGAGGAAUUCAUCACCAACUAAGGAGAUGGUCGAUAUCCUGAAGCCACACUCAGGGAGAGCUAUUUAUUUAGAAGGAAACCCAUUGAAUCAUAAAGACCUCAAGAGAGCCAUGGCUGACUCUGCCACUUGUGUUGUCGUACUCAGUAAUAAGUUCUGUAAAGAUCCUAUUAUGGAGGAUUAUAGUAACAUUCUUCAGUCUUUCUGAGUUAAGCAAUAUGCAAAAGCGAGGAAAGAUAAAGAGCUCAGGCUAUGCUUACAGCUAGUCAAACCAGAACAUAAGGAUUUAUACUACUCAGGACUCCAGUCUGAGAUCAGAAUUGACCAAGUUAUAUGAGUUGAGGAACUGAAGCUUCAACUCCUCGCUAAAAGCUGUAUUUCACCAGGAAUAAUUACAAUUAUUUGGUCUUUGAUCACCUCUAACACUCCAUCUAUAAAUUUGAAAGAUAAGAAAGAGGAGAAUAAUAAGAAAAGCAUCGCUAAUCCUGAUCCUCGUUCACAAGAGAAUGAAUGGAUGAAAAACUACCUCUCUGGAACAGACUUUGAGCUUUAUCGAGUCCCACUAAAGCAGAAGUUAUAUGCUGGAUACAAGUUCAAAGAUGUUGUAAUGAUUUUGUUCCAUCAACUAAACCUCAUUUUAAUAGCUCUGGAGGUUAAAAUCGGAGACCAGCUCAAAGUGUUUGUGAAUCCUUCAGAGUACGUCUUCGAACCGCUAGAUCACCAUGGAUAUGUAAUCCAUCAUGAAAAUCCUGACUACAAUAUGAUAAACAACUUAAAUCUGGACAAGAACAAUAGCGAGAACUUUUUCAUUAGCAGAUAUCUGAACAAGAAGGAGCUGAAUUCUCAGAAAAAGUCAAAAUUCUUGUGAAAUAUGAACUUAUCCAAAAUAAUUGGGCCUAAUUUGACUAAAACAAGUAAGCUGAACUAUGAAAACUUUGCAUGCACAAAGAAACCAGUUCCUCUCAUUGAAGCUCAGAUCAAGAAGUGUAUCGAUAAAGGAAUUGAGGACCAUAUUAUAGUAUGUGGGAUUAUUUCUGGAAUUCAGAAUUUAAUCCUUCCUUUAAGGUCAAAGACAUUGUCAAACCCAAGGAUCCCAAUCGUGAUCCUGAGCAAUGAUAAUGGUAGAGAGGAUGGGAUUGAUUGUGAGACAAACAUCUGGAGGGAAAUAAACUGAUUCGAAGAGAUCUAUAUCAUGCAAGGAUCUGCUCUAAACCCAGCAGAUCUGGAGAAAGCAAGGAUCACUAAGGCCAUAGCUGUCAUUAUUUUGGCAAAACCACAUGAAGGAGGAGGAACUGCUAAUAUUAAAUACCAAACAAUGAUGGAUGCAGAUGUUAUAUUUAUGUAUAAAACAAUUAGAAGCACUUAUAACGCAUCUAGGAUAAUCACAGAUCUUGCUUCAACUUCAACAAUAAACUUUUUGAUCCAAGGGAAAGAUGAAAACCUUGAGAAAUAUGGGUACUCUAUUUCGAAGCCCUUUGCAGCCGGGGAGAUAUAUUUCUCAUCUCUAUUGGACACUUUAUUAUGUCAGGCUUAUUACUCACCGAAGAUUACUGAAAUCUUGAAUCAAAUGAUCAUGGGAAGUGCCAAUACACCUGAAAAGUUAUCGAAAGUGUACAAACAAUUCAACCUGUCUCAGUGUAGUUUAACAAGUGUGGAUGUUCCUGAUAUUAAAAAUCUAUCUUUUAGUAAUCUCUUCGAAUACUUUGUGAAAGUUCACAAUACGAUUCCCAUAGGAGUGUAUAAGUCAUACGUCUGGCUGCAUCCGAAGGAAUCAAAUGAUUACAAGAUUACUCCUAAUGACAAAUUAUUUGUGCUGACUGAUAAAGCGCCUCAUGAGAAUAUGGGCAUCAAGAAUGUUCAACAGCCAGAGCAACAACAUGCCCAAGGAGGCAAAUUUGCACCUAAAAAUGAGGAGAAGAAAUUAGAAAAGGAGAACCUUCUUACUCUCCAGAGUCUUAACAAACAACUCCAGGAUCUGUUCAUUAGCACCAAGGAGGUUUUCCAAGAUGUAAAGAACACGAAUAAAUUUAUCAUUGAGGAUCUAGCUGAUAAGGUGAAAUCUGAUAUAUAAUUUCAACUAA